AUGUGCAUGCGCCUUGGUGCACAGCAGGCCCCUGAUGACGUCAGAGGAAAGAUGGUGGUGUGGGACUUAGCUGUGAUGGAGUGGUGGCUUCCACAAGCCAAUGUUGGAUUUGCUGGGCAUGUUAGUAUAUUUUUUGAGGACAACCCAGCAAUCAAGGCCAGGGUAAAGUCAUGGUCCUUCCAGCUGGAUCACGAGAACACUAAGGAUCCUAAAUCUCAUGAGAAGAUGCUUCUGCUUUGUGCUAGUGUAUCUUCUAAUGGGAUUGGGGGUGCACAUCAUUCUCAGGAUCUCACUGGAAGGACUGUGACAUCACCUUCUAUGCAGAAGUUGGCCUGUAACGAAAAAAAUGAUGACAAGGCAAUGUUGGGAAACAUUAGCAACACUGGUUUGACAGAUUACCAGUGUCGGGAGGACAGUGACUACACUCCUGGGGCUGAUGUAUUUGAAUCUCAGUCUCCUUACUAUGACUACCUAGAAGUCCUUGGAGCCCCAGAAGGUGUAACAAAGAUCCUACCAUACCAACUUAGGGAAAAGUGCCUUUUUCCCCUUCAACUUGCUUUGGAGUCAAAAAAUAUCAAGUUGGCCCAGCAUGCAUUGGCUGGAAUGCAGAAGCUUCUGGCUGACGACAGAUUUGUAUCCGUGGAAACAGACUCAGAUGAGCGGCAACUACUUAACCAAAUGCUCAAUGCUAUUAAAGUGACUCCGUCCCUUCAUGAAGAUCUACAGGUUGAGGUUAUGAAGGUCCUUCUUUGUAUAACAUAUACAUCAACUUUUGAGCUGAAUGGGAGCUCAGUCCUGAAGAUUGCCGAGCUAUGCAUUGAAACCUAUGUUUCAAGCUGUCACCAGCGAAGUAUAAACACAGCUGUGAGAGCUACACUCAGUCAAAUGUUAAGUGACCUGACGUUACAGCUACGGCAGAAGCAAGACAGCCCGAAUACUGAGAUCCAUGAAGCACUACUGGAAUUCAGGAGCCAAGAAUCUGGUCCAUCCAUGGAAGCACUGUGUGAUGAUGUUGUAUCUGUGCUAACUGUACUCUGUGACAAACUGCAGGCUGUUGUUAAUGAAAAUCAUCCAUUACAGCUCCUGUAUCUAGAAUGUAUACUAUCAAUGCUCAGUAGUUCUUCUCCUGCUUUGAAUCUUCACAAAGGAUUUAUGGACCUUAUAUGGAAGCAGCUGUGCCCCGCUCUUGUGGUGAUCCUUGGAAACCCAGUCCAUGACAAAACUAUAACCUCUGCACACAAAAACAUCUGUGUGACCUCUGACUGUCACUCAACAGGUGUAGCAGAUCAGGGUCGGGGAUCUGCAUGUUCUUCUACAGCACCAGCUCUCAGUGGCCCAGUUGCCAGGACUAUUUAUUACAUUGCAGCAGAGCUAGUUCGACUUAUGGGUUCAGUUGAGUCUAUGAGGCCAGUCUUGCAGUCACUCUACCAUCGCAUUCUACUGUAUGCACCUCCACAAAAUCGUGUUGAAGCAAUAAAAAUCAUGAAAGAGAUACUUAGCAGUCCUCAGAGGCUGUUUGACCUUGCCGGGCCAUGCACAUCUGAACCAGAGACUAGAAAGCGGUCAAUAUCAAAGAGGAAGUCGCAUCUGGAUCUUUUAAAACUAAUCAUGGAUGGAAUGGCAGAGGCAUGUAUGAAAGGAGGUAUUGAAGCAUGCUAUGCAUCUGUGUCAUGUGUUAGCACCCUGCUUGGAGCUUUAGAUGAGCUAAGCCAAGGAAAAGGUCUGAAAGAAGACCAGGUCCAACAUCUUCUCCGACGUCUCGAGGAAAUGAGGGAUGGUGCUGAAUCCAGCAGGGAGUCUAUGGAAAUUAAUGAGGCAGAUUUUAGAUGGCAGAGACGUAUUCUGUCCUCCGAACACACACCUUGGGAGCUGGGAACCGAGAAGAGUCCUGAUAUUAGCAUUAGUGUGACAACUGACACUGGACAAACCACCUUGGAAGGCGAUAUGGGACAGACCACUCCAGAGGACAACUUGGAUGGCCAAGGGAAUAAUUUACAGUCCCCAAUUAUUAGGGAUAAUGGCAGUAAGGAAACUGAAUUAGAAGUUGUGGAUCAGCCAGAUGUUGUUCAAAGGAGUCACGUUACAGUCUAUCCAGAUAUAACCAAUUUUUUGUCUGUUGAAAGUAGAACAAGAUCUUAUGGCUCAAGAUAUAGUGAAAGUAAUUUUAGUGUUGAUGAACAAGAUCUUUCCAGGACAGAAUUUGAUUCUUGUGAUCAGUAUUCCAUGGCUGCAGAAAAGGAUUCUGGGAGAUCUGAUGUUUCUGACAUUGGCUCUGAUAAUUGUUCCCUGGCAGAUGAGGACCAGACUCCCAGAGACUGCCCUGGUCAUAGAUCUCUAAGGACUGCUGCCUUGUCAUUAAAACUACUGAAAAAUCAGGAGGCUGAACAGCAUAGUGCCAGACUUUUCAUACAGUCACUUGAAGGUCUUAUUCCACGGCUGUUAACAUUGCAAAGAAUGGAAGAAGUUGAUUCAACUUUACAGAAUUUUGCCUCAACAUUUUGUUCAAGGGUGAUGCAUUCUCCAGGCUUUGAAAAUAAUGGCGGAGCAAGUGUCCAGGCGCUGUUGAAUGCAGACAGCCUGUAUGUUGCAUCUUACUAUGCUCUUCUGUUAAACCUAAAGCUUGCCAGCAGUGAUUAUUACAGAAAGAAGACAGCUUUGGCACCAGUGACACUAAAAGAGUUCAUGAAGCAGAUACAGUCGAGUGGAGUGUUGAUAGUGUUCUCCCAGGCCUGGAUUGAGGAGCUUUAUCACCAAGUCCUAGACAGGAAUAUGCUUGGAGAGUCUGGGUACUGGGGAAGCCCAGAUGGACACUGCCUCCCCCUAAUAACUAUGCUGAUUAAUAUUGAUGGGUUGGGAAGCAGUGCUAUUGGUGGACAGCUCCAAGCAUCUACAUCAACACAAUCUCCACUGCCUCCUGAGAAGAAUAUGGAUCCAUCAAGUUUAGCAGGUGUGGCUUUUGCACGAUUCAUCCUUAUUGGAUGCUGGAAGAACCUGAUAGACACCUUAUCUGCUCCUCUUACUGGACGCAUGGCAGGAAGCUCUAAGGGUUUGUCUUUUAUGCUGGGUGCUGAAGGUAUAAAGGAGCAAAAUCAGAAAGAGAGAGAUGCCAUCUGCAUGAGCCUAGAUGGUCUUAGGAAAGCUGCCCGUCUCAGCUGUGCCUUGGGGGUUGCCGCUAACUGUGCAUCAGCGCUGGCUCAGAUGGCAGCAGCAUCCUGCGUACAAGAAGAAAAAGAAGAUAAGGAAAAUUCCGAACACAGUGACACAAUUACACAAGUGAAGCACAGGGUGGAACAAAAACUGGAACAGAUAAGUAAACAUGGAGGAUAUCGCCUGCAUAAUGCACAUGUGCUCUGCAUGGAUGCCAUACUCAAUGUUGGCUUAGAGAUGGGAAGUCACAACCAAGACUGCUGGCCACAUGUGUUCAGGGUUUGUGAAUAUAUAAGCACCUUGGAGCAUACACAUUUUAGUGAUGGGGCCUCCCAGCUUCCUCUGAACAUCACCCAGUCCCAGCAAGUCUCUACAGAUGCACAUGGUCUUUCCACAGACCUGUCUCAAGAAUAUACCACAGAACAGGAGGCCUCUUUUGUCAAGAGUCCAGUCAUCCAGCCAGUUCCAAUCCAAGAUCUUAUCAAAGAAGGCACUAAGGGCCGAGCAUUCGACUUUCGAGGAAAUAGCUUGAUGAGUGCAAGCAUUGCUGCUAAAGCUGUUUGUACCCUUUCUACCCAAGUGGACAAGCUGUUUGAGGGAGCUGCUGACAAGCUCAAUUUGGUGGCUCUCAGUGGGUUUCUUUAUCAUCUGAAGAAGGCUUCCCAGGCACAGUUAUUUCAUUCUGUGACAGAAACCGUGGAUUAUUCUCUUGCAAUGCCAGGGGAAAUCAAAUCUAUCCAGGACAAAAGAAGUGCUUUACAUCUAUUCCGCCUUGGUGAUGUCAUGCUACGCAUUAUUCGGAGUAAAUCUCGCCCGCUGCUUCAUAUCAUGCGCUGUUGGAGUGUGGUGGCCCCUCAUUUUGUGGAGGCAGCUUGUCACAAAGAACGGCGUGUAUCUAAGAAAGCUGUUUCCUUCAUACAUGACAUCAUGACUGAGGUGCUGACUGACUGGGAAGAGCCCCCCCAUUUCCACUUCAAUGAGGCUCUUUUCCGGCCUUUUGAGCGAAUCAUGCAGCUGGAGAUAUGCGAUGAAGAUGUUCAAGAUCAGGUGGUUACAUCCAUUGGAGAACUGGUAGAAGUGUGCUCUCCUCAGAUUCAGUCAGGGUGGAGGCCUCUGUUCAGUGCUUUGGAGACUGUACACAGCAGCAAGUCAGAUAUAAAGGAGUAUCUUGUGGGAGAAUACUCCAUGGGAAAACGCCAGGCUCCAGUGUUUGAUGUGUUUGAAGCAUUCCUGAACACAGACAACAUUCAAGUCUUUGCUAAUGCAGCCACUGAUUACAUUAUGUGCCUUAUGAAAUUUGUCAAGGGAUUAGGUGAGGCUGAUUGUAAAGAAAUUGGAGACUGUGCUUCUACAUCAUCAUCAUCCACAGACCUAUGCCUUCCAGCUCUGGACUAUUUGAGGCGGUGUUCACAGUUACUGGCAAAGAUCUAUAAAAUGCCAAUGAAGCCAGUCUUCCUGUGCGGACGUCUGAGCAGUUUGCCACGGCGCGAGCAGGAGAGAUCAGCAAGUAGUGAAGAUGGGAUUGAUGCAGUGUUAUCGGAAUUUGAUGAUGACACUGGUCUUAUUGAUGUAUGGAUUAAUCUUCUGGAGCAGCUGACUGCUGCUGUAUCCAACUGUCCACGUCAGCAUCAGCCACCCACUCUGGAUUUGCUCUUUGAGCUGUUGAGAGAAGUUGCUAAAGUGCCAGGUCCAGGCUUUGCAAUUUAUGCAGUAGUACAUCUUUUGCUGCCCGUGAUGUCAAUGUGGCUAAGCCGCAGCCAGGGUGAACAUUCAUACUGGGAUGCAGCGUCUGCCAACUUUAAACAUGCUAUUGGUUUGUCCUGUGAACUAGUGGUGGAACAUAUCCAAAGCUUUAUAAAUUCAGACAUUGGCUAUGAGAAUAUGAUUAACACAAUGCUGAAAGAAUUGUUCAAGCUUCUGGUAUCCUGUGUGGCAGAACCUACUGAAACCAUCUCUCGAGUAGGCUGCUCUUGUAUAAGAUAUGUAUUAGUAACUGCAGGACCCGUGUUCACCGAGGAAAUGUGGAGGUUGGCCUGCUGUGCUUUGCAAGAUGCAUUUUCUGCAACAUUGGAACCCAUGAAGAAUCUGUUAGGUUACUUCCAUAGCGGGUCGGAAAGUUUUUCUGGUGAUGCCUGUGAAGUGAAAGUGGCAGCUCCAUCUUUGUCCCCAAAUGCUGAAGCAGAGUACUGGAGAAUUCGAGCCAUGACACAACAGGUGUUCAUGUUGGAAGCACAAUGUUCACCAAAAACCCCUAAUAACAAAGAAGGCUUUGAGCAUGCCCAAUCAUGUGUGCUUAUUAUAGAGCUGCCACCUGAAGAGAAGCCCAAUGGACAUACACAGAAAAGCAUUCCUUUUAGGACUAUUGUAGUCAGUUUAUUAUCCCAUCAAGUGUUGCUGCAAAAUCUGUAUGAUAUUUUGCUGGAAGAAUUUGUAAAAGGUCCUACAGUUUUAGAGGAUAAAACUGCUCCUAUGCAAGAGGCCAAAACUGUUGGAUUCCUUCGAUACAUUUCAAUGCAGAAUUUGGCUGUAAUUUUUGACCUGUUGCUGGACUCCUACAGAACAGCCAGAGAGUUUGAUGCCCGUCCAGGAUUGAAGUGUUUACUGAUGAAAGUUUCAGGAAUUGUUGGAGCAGCAAAUCUUUACAGACAGGCAGCAAUGAGUUUUAACAUCUAUUUCCAGGCUUUAAUUUGUGCUUUGCUGACCAAUCAAGACAAUAUCACUGCAGAUGUGGUCAAGAAAAUCCUUUAUGAAGAAGAUGAGCACAGCACAGACUCAUCUCAGCAAUGUUCUUCGGAGGAUGAAGACAUCUUUGAGGAAACUGCCCAAGUCAGCCCUCCAAGAGGUAAAGAAAAGAGGCAGUGGAGGGCUCGAGUCCCAUCUCUGAGUGUCCAGCCAGUAAGCAAUGCUGACUGGGCUUGGUUAGUGAAGAGACUACACAAACUGUGCAUGGAGAUGUGUAAUAACUACAUUCAGAUGCACCUUGACCUAGAGAAUAAUGAUGAUCAUCCAGGUAUUAAAGGAGAUCCUUUCUUUAUUCUACCUUCUUUUCAGUCAGAAACCUCUACCCCUUCCACAGGAGGUUUAUCAGGCAAAGACACACCUUUAGAAGAUGAUAGAAACAUAAGCAAAGACCAUAUUAGUGAUACUAUGUCUCCAAGAAGUUUUGGCGCAGCAACCCCACAGAGUCCUAAAAUGGAGAAAAGAGACCAGUCCAAGAAGAAAGAAUGGUGGGAGAAUGCUGGCAACAAAAUCUAUACUAUAGCUACGGAUAAAACCAUCGCAAAAUUAAUGACUGAGUACAAAAAGAGAAAGCAGCAGCAUAACCUGACUACAUUUGUAAAGGAUACUAAAUUGGAUAAAAAAGGGGACAUUCUCUGCUCAAGGGGACAAGAUUCUUCAAUGCCUCAAAGACCACAAAAUCUUAUGGACCAAACCCAGAUGAGACAUUCGUUCAGUGCUGGCCCAGAGAUACUGAGGCAAGAAAAGAGAUCUCGCUCUGGAUCUACAGUUAGCAGUUUCAACAUAUCAACGAGGGAUGCCGAGGCACAAAUACAGGCAUGGACCAACAUGGUGUUGACUAUUCUCAACCAAAUUCAGAUCCUGCCAGACCAGAUGUUUGCAGCUCUACAGCCAGCAGUGUUUCCUUGCAUUAGUCAGCUGACCUGUCAUGUGAAUGACAUUCGUGUCCGACAAGCGGUUAGAGAAUGGCUGGGAAGAGUUGGCAGAAUUUAUGAUAUUAUAUUAUAAAAUCCUUAUAUGUUGGCAUUUGUAUGAACUUUCUAAAUAUCUAAAGAAUAUUUCCAAAUAUAUUAUAGAUACUAACGGUUUAUUACAUUUUUCUAAGUAGAAGGAGUUGCAGAUGUUUACAAUUAUUUUUUUCGCUACUGGAUUUGUUCUACAAUUUGUUGUUGCUCGAUGCAACAUCAAUCUUGAAAAUGCGCAUCAUUAUCCUGACAUCUUGUAAUUAAUCUUUGCCACUACUAGGGCAAUGCUAAUAUAUUUUGCCUAAUACAUACAGUAUAUAUUCACUUUUUGCUUAUUGAGCCUAUCUGUCCUGCUUGCCUGGUAUUUCUACACCCAUUUUUCAAAAAUUAACUUAUGCUUCUUGAAGUGCCAUAACAACUUGGUGAUCUGGCCUUCUGCUCCUAUCUCUAUGUGCUUUAGUGAGCUAAAAUAGUCUACCUUUACAAUGUCAUCAAUAUGGGAGAGCU